GAGCUUUCUAAACACAGAUUUGUAAGAUGGCGACCGCCGAACCGGAAAACAACCCAAGUCCGCUCCAGCAUGAUGAAGAUGGAGCUGAGGAGAGUGGACAGGAGAUGGUGAGCCCAGAGGCCUACCUGAAGCACCCCCUCCAGAACAGAUGGUCUCUCUGGUUCUUCAAGAAUGACAAAAGCAAAACAUGGCAAGCCAACCUCCGACUCAUCUCCAAAUUUGACACCGUGGAAGAUUUCUGGGCCCUCUACAACCACAUUCAGCUGUCAAGCAACCUGAUGUCAGGCUGCGAUUACUCUCUCUUUAAGGACGGCAUUGAGCCCAUGUGGGAGGACGAGAGGAACAAGCGAGGGGGGCGCUGGCUCAUCACCCUCACCAAACAGCAGCGGAGAUUAGACCUGGACCGCUUCUGGCUCGAAACUCUGCUCUGUUUAGUGGGAGAGGCCUUUGAUGACUACAGUGACGAAGUCUGCGGCGCUGUGGUGAAUGUUCGCACAAAGGGAGAUAAAAUCGCCGUGUGGACAUCAGAUUUUGAGAAUCGGGAUGCUGUCACACAUAUAGGGAGAGUUUACAAGGAGCGUCUGGGGCUGCCCAUGAAGAUGACCAUUGGGUACCAGUCUCACGCCGAUACAGCCACCAAGAGCGGUUCCACCACCAAGAACAAAUUUGUCGUUUGAGAAUUGCCCUCUGUGCCUCUUUCUUUUCCUUGUCUUAUUUGUUGUUGGUACAUAUGUUUACUAAUUUGCUGCAAAGACUUUGCGGAAUGCAAUCUGGAAGAAAACCACAAGAAUUCAAGACAUCUGUUUAUGCCAAAUGUGUCACUCACCCGGACCUGGAGCCACAGGGACCCCACAGAGACUGAUGAAGAUGAUUCUUCCAUAACACUAAGAGGUAUUAAUAGUGAAUUACAUUUAGACUAUGUUCUAUUCCUCAAGAGAGAAAUUUGUGUUAAAUUGUUUUGUUUUUUAAUGGCAGGGAAUCCUGAAAUGCAAAAACAAAUGUAUAUUUUCGUUACAGCAGGGUUAGUUUGCUGUAAUCCCAUAUUAAACCCUUUUAAUUUAUUAUACUAAUUUGCCUGCAUAUAUUAGAGUGUUAAACCUCUGUUUUAUGCUUUUUGCCUUGAAACUAUUGCACGUAAUCACAUUUUAUGACUUUUCAUGACAAUUUUAAUUUGAGUGUUAAUAUAAUUAAAACAUUGGUUUUGCAAAUAUGA